AUGUCCUUCAAUGACAGGCAGGUUGCCUUGACUAGCGCCUUUCGCUCGUUCAAUACCAAAGUUCCUAUAUUUCUGCAAAAACUGUACAAAAUCGUCGACAGUCCAGAGACAAACGAAGCUAUUUCCUGGUCGGAGGAUGGAGAGUCAUUUAUUGUGUAUGACCAGGAGCGGUUAGCAAGGGACCAUCUUCCACAAUGGUUCAAACAUAACAAAUACCCUUCGUUCGUUCGCCAGCUCAACAACUACGGCUUCCAUAAAGUGAUUAACCUUCAACAAGGUGUAAUGAAAGCUAGCAUGGACAUAGAGCAGUCGCAGUACACGCAUCCCUGUUUCCAGCGUGGCAAGGAGGCCCAACUUAUCCUCGUCCGACCCACCAAGCAAGCGAAGGACCGUCCUACCAUUGAUCUUGAGCAGGGUAGCUCUUCUGCUUCCUCGGGUACUAAACAACAGUUGGACAUCCAUGCCGUGUUAAAUGGCGUAGCUGCAAUCAGAAAACAGCAAAUGGCAAUAACACAGGAUUUAGCCGAAUUGAAGCGCUCGGAUCGACUGCUGUGGGAAGAGGCACUGCAGUCACGGAAUCGACAUACAAAACUGCAGGACACGGUAAAUCGCAUUGUCAAGUUCCUGGCCACCCUGGUAUCGCAACCUAGCGGCAGCGGCGUCGCACAUCCCCAGCCUUCACGUUUGAUGAUUGAGGACUCCACUACGAGCGAGGUGGAGGUUGAGGAACACGACGACGACGACGGCAAAGACGCUGGGAUAGCUUCUGCUUUGCCAAAGUCAAAUAUCGAAAUAUCAAGUUCAACAUCUCCCGAAACAUCCUCCUUCAUCGCCCCAGCAACAGAUUUUGAAUAUCCCUCAUUUAGUCCGACUGUACCGAUAGAUCCAUCAGCAGUUCUACAAACGGUGACAAACCAGCCAAUCUCCUCCCCUCUCCCUUCCCCCGACAAACUUAGCUCUAUUUUUGACGGAAUGUCUAACUCCGACUGGGAUAUGUUCUCCUCCUUACUAGGCUCUCUCUCCUCCCAGAUAGACUUCGGUCAGCUCUCUCUUUCCGAUCUGGGCCAGUCAUCUCCACGUCUUCCUUUGACAUCUGGCGACAAUACUUGCGCACAGUCCCUAUCUAGUGAAAGUCUCGUCCCAGUCGAUGGCCAGAGCCUUGACACAUUUAACAAGACCAUCGGAGACAUUGAUAAUGCCGUCAAUGCACUUGACUGUGAUAUAGAUUUGCUGAGCAGCGCCUUGGGAAUACCAUCUGAUGGCCUGCCAAUCGGUGAUGAUGGGAUUGAUUACAGCGCUUUCUUCAAUUACGCGACCCCUCCACCCGAUAUCCCCGAUUCCUCUGUCGGCACCGGAUUUUUGACCGAUGUCCCUGUUGGCGUAGCCUCCCCGGCUAACAGCAGCCGGCAUGGGUCUCUACAACCUGACGGUCAAGAUGUGGAUGCUGGACCAGUAACCGUAGGUAUAAAGCGGAAACUAGACAAUACAGACCUGGAGCCUCCCCCUGUAGUUCCCAAACCUCCUCCGGCCCUUGUGUCGUCUUCGAGCCUGGAGUGA